GGCCUUCACCUUCGAGGUUGUCGCCGUCAAUUCAUCGGCCAUUGACCUUACAGAGAGGGACAUGGGGAGAAAUCGGAAGCAAAUCUUGGUAGGUUUGGCUGCGGCGAUGUUCUUAGGAUUGGUGGUGUACAUGAGGCUUUGGACCAUAGAUUAUUCCAUGUCUACCGAUGAAGCCGAACUGCUCAGGAGGCAGUUCGACCUUGCGAACCGCGAGGCAAUGGAUGAAUCUGCGGAAUGGCGUCGUAUGUAUGAUCACGAACUAGACAGAGCCAAAAGUUGUAACAGUGAGCUAAAUAAGCUUAAGGAAUCUUUUGAGAAGGUAGGAGAUGUUGCUAGAAUCAAUCAGAAGUUGACAAAUUUGCAAGAGGAAAACGCUGCUCUCCGUAAGGAAGUGGAUGCCUUACAGCUAAGGCUAGAGGCCGAGAAGUCGAGGUGUGGUUCUCAGUAGAGCUGGUCAACAAACACCGUAACGAAUACUAAUACCGAAUUUGAAUUCUAAAAUGUCUAUAACAAGUACCAAAUGAUGAACUUAUGAAGGUCGAUGCGUAUUUCUCUUUGUUAUCGGCAAAUAAUGAAAGGGUUUACCUGGACUCUAGAGGAGAGGCGAUUCUUCAAUUCACCACUGACUUUCUCUUGCUUUUUAAUGUAACGUCAACAUCUGUUAGCGAUGGGCUGUUACACUUAAACUCAACAAAGCUCAGGAGAAAGGUAAGAUCCUCAAGUUUCGAGUAAGGUCGUCCGAUAAUUAGAUUCUCAAGUCUGAAUGCGCACGGGAAUGUUGGUAGAGGGAUUGCAGGAAAGAAAAGGAUGGAGCUUCCCUAUUUGUAGCCAUAAGCAAAGCUGUGAAAUAAAGGUAACAAAGAGGGAGGUUUCUUUUUCUUGAAUCAAGUGUAUGUAGUAAAAGUUUACUCUUUUCCCCCCUACUUAGAAACCAAAUCAGACUACGAAAAUUCUUCCGAAGAUCUGUGUU